AUGAACAAGACGAUGUCAGUGCCGCGGAAGCCGGGCGACUGGGACUGCCCCAACGCAGCCUGCGCCGAAAUCAACUUCGGGUCGCGCGUGGCGUGCCGCAAGUGCGCCGCCCCCAGGCCUCAGGCUGCCGCAACCAACGCCACGACCAACGCCAUGUCGGUACCGCGCAAGCCGGGCGACUGGGACUGCCCCAACGCGGCCUGCGCCGAGGACGACGAUGAAGAAGGCGGCGUCAGCACCACCACGCCGGGCCUGGUGCGCCUGGAGGUGGGACCCAUGUGGGGCGCCAGCAGCAUCCACGUCACUGGAGCCCUCGGCGGCGAUGGUGGCCCAUUUCAACGCCCAGGGCUGGGUGGUCGACAACGCAGCUGGGGCACCACGGCGCACAUCAACCUGAAGGGCAGCCCUGCGUCAAUCCUCAACUCCCACGUCGACCUCUUCAACGGCUGGGUCCUCCUCUGA